GACAAUUACAUGUGCGCCACGUCCGCCUCACGUUUGGUAAACAUUGCAUGGCUCGAAUAAUGUUAGGAAUCACCGGUAGGGUGGAAAUUAUCGUGAAUAUUUUUUUUUUAAAUAAUUUUAAUCCCAAUGCAUUGUUGUCCACCGUCAUAAUAAGACUUGUCACUUUUUAGAUAACGUUGGAUCAGUCCAAAAUCAAAUAUUUCACAGCCUCAGCCGCCUCGCAAUCAAAGGCCAAGGCAGGACCAUCCGCCAUGGGCGAGACUAUGGUAUCUGCCGUGGUAUGGCUCGUUUCGGGUCUCGUCUUCAUCUACGAUGUGAUCACUCUACCGCUGUACAGCCUUGUCCAGUGGCCGUGGCGCCAGGUGCGCCGAGCGAAACGGAUACGGGCCCGUCAGGUGCCGGACAUUCCGUGCUGUUACCGCCGUUUCGACCCGCCCAAUGAGCUGCAGCUGGCCGUCAAAAGGCUCGGCCUCGAUACCGUGGAGAAGGUUGUGCGUCAUGCCAUCGCUCAGCACGGCGACAAGCCCUGUUUCGGGGUGCGGGAGGUGCUGGCCGAAGAAGACGAGAAACAGCCCAAUGGGAAGAUAUUCAAAAAGUACGAUCUGGGCGAGUACCGAUGGGUGAGCUACACGGACUUUGGCGAUCGAGCCGCCUGGUUCGGCCGCGGUCUGCGCGAACUGGGCCUGUCCCCCGGCGAUCGGGUGGUAGUGUUCGCCGAGACGCGUGCUGAGUGGCUCGUCUCGGCACUGGCCGCCUUCCUGCAUAAUAUCACAGUGGUGACGCUGUACACGACCCUGUCGGAGGACGCCGUGGUGCACGGCAUCACCGAGACUGAGGUCACACACGUCAUCACCUCCCACCAGCUGAUGAAGAAGAUGCGACCCGUCCUGGAACGCUGCAGGAACGUCAACACCGUCGUCUACAUGGAGGACCAGCUAGAGAAGACGGACACGGGCUCGUUCCGGGACGACCUGCGCAUCGUAUCGUUUGCAGACGUGCUUCAGAUGGGCGAACACUCGACGGUGGCCGCUAGUCCGCCCACCAGCCAGGACGUGGCUAUUCUCAUGUAUACCUCUGGCUCGACUGGCGUUCCCAAAGGCGUGCUCAUCACUCACGGUAACAUGGUCUGCACGAUGGUCAGCUUCGCUACGGGCACAGAGAUCCAGGCUGAGGACAUCUACCUGGGAUACCUGCCGCUGGCACACGUCCUCGAACUCAUGGGAGAGAUGUGCUGCAUCAUGUUCGGCGUGCCGAUCGGGUACAGCUCGCCCCUCACCAUGAUGGACACUUCCAGUAAGGUGAAGCGCGGCUGCCGCGGAGACUGUUCGGUGCUCAAGCCGACCAUGGUGGCCGCUGUACCCAUGGUACUGGAUAGAGUGGUUCAGGGUAUCGAGAGUAAACUGCAGGCGGCCGGUCCGCUGGCCAAGGCACUGUUCAACUGGAUGGUCGAGUAUCGCAACACGUGGCGGCGGCGCGGCUUCGACACGCCCAUCAUGCACGGCCUGUUUUUCAGUAAGAUCGCCGCGCUGCUGGGAGGUCGUGUCCGCGCGAUGGCUAGCGGAGGCGCCCCUCUUUCGCCUCAUACCCACGACAUGGUGCGGAGCUGUAUGGGUGCCACCAUUCAGCAGGGCUACGGCCUGACGGAGACCAACGCCAGUGCUACUCUUAUGGACGGCGACGACGUGUCGGUGGGUAGCGUUGGCCCGCCGCUGCUGGGCUGUUAUAUUCGUCUGGUGGACUGGGAGGAGGGCAGCUACCGCACUACGGACCAGCCCCGGCCGCGCGGAGAGAUUGUCAUCGGUGGCGAGAACGUGGCGCGUGGGUACUACAAGCUGCCGGAGAAGACGGCAGAGAGCUUCUUCGAGGAGUAUGGCUUCCGCUGGUUCCGCACGGGAGACAUAGGCGAGAUGUGUGCCAACGGAAACCUGCGCAUUGUCGACCGCAAGAAGGACCUGGUGAAGCUGCAGUCGGGCGAGUACAUCUCCCUAGGCCGGGUGGAGACGGUGCUGAAGACCUCGCCGCUCGUCGACAACCUGUUCGUGUACGCCGAGUCGUCUCGCAACAACGUGGUGGCCGUUGUGCUCCCGAACCUGGCGCCUCUGCGACAGCUGGCGCGCACCAGCGUGGGCCCGGCGCUGGCCGAGGCCGACCUGGACGACCUCUGUGCUAACGAGGAGCUGGAGGGACAUGUGCAGAGGGUGCUGGCGGAGCACGGCAGGGCAGGUCGACUGGACAAGUUCGAGAUCCCGUUCCGUGUGGGCCUCACCAGUAUCACGUGGUCGCCCGACAACAACCUCGUCACGGCCGCCUUCAAACUGAAACGGAAGGAGCUGGCCGACUUCUACCGGGAGGACCUGCGCCGGUUGUAUAAAUGAGACGGGGCGGGAUAUCACGGGUGGGAAAUACAGGGGCAAACUGGGACCAGUUCUGUGGGGGACACCUUAGGCAGGGACUGCCGCCCACUGGUGUUGUCAAGGGUCCAAUGUUAACACACAUACAAACACACUCGCCGUAUGUUGGAACGUUUUGGUAUCAUUCAGUCAGAUUUGUAGAGAUUCCGUGCUGGGGAGGGGCUGACAGGUUGUGAGUGCUGAUCCGAUGCUGUACCAUUGAAAGCUGCGGUCCCGAAGCCGGCAUUGACUGAUCGGUUCCCUAUUUUGUUGUCCAACCGGCGCUGUAAACAGAGCUCUAAGAAGUCCUGCCUGGUUGGUACCCUCAAUGUCCCGUUAGGAUGUGGAGACUAUUCUACGUCUCUGAAGGGGAAGGGGAUUGAGUAUCCGCGCGGCGCCCGGAAGUAGUCUAAUGUUGACCCUGUAGUGGAUUACCGACAUGCCAAACGUGCUUUGUAUGUGCGCUGUGUGUUUGUGUGAUUGUCUGCGCGUGUUUGUACCAGCUAACAAUGCUCGGGGUUACAUGAGCAGAGUUAAUACGCAUUACAAACGGACUACAAUGGUGAGCGAAUAGGAAAAUCCGUUCCUGAUACGCAUUUACUUGCUCAUGUAACCCCGGUAAAUGACGCCGACGUUAGGUACCUGCCUGUCCGAUGACCACCGAUUUAUCAGGGUUUAUAGUCUCUGCAUUGUAUAGGGUCACUCAUGUCAUUGAAAGGGCUAGGACAGAAAAUGGAUAGGAGCUAGUUGUUGCGCUUGAGAUGCCUUAUGAUUCACACAUGCCUUUGCAUCGAAUGCCGUAUUCAGAAAUAUUUACACAGAUCUUCUAAAGUAUUUACAACGGAUAAUUAUUGUAUGCCCAGUGACAAGGUAUUCUUGUAGGUCAGUAUCGGCAUCAGUUUCACUGAUGCUCCCAACAGGUCUUAGGCAUUGGCGUUAUUGUCCCAGUAUGUAAGUACCAGCUGAUUAUAUACAACGCGCUCAUUCGGUUUGGGUUGGUUUGUGCUGCUGUUAACCUCAGACUCAUUCGCUGUGAAGCCGGUACCGUUGCUCACAAUGCCGAGUGAACAGGGUUCCAUGAUUGAUUGUUCGUGUAAUUUAGGACCACCACGUUGCGACCUCGGUAUCCCAUAGGGACGUCGUAUUACAGCUGAGGCCUCUUGCACCAAACUACCUAGCUAGGUAAAAUCAAAAAAACCGGUUUCAGAAUAAGCUAAUCUAACGGUGGUAAAUUUGUUUGCUAUAGCCCAAUACAUAAUCCUACAUGUGCUUGCUAAAUUUUGCACGCAAAUUGUUACAUUUGAGACUUGGACUGGGUAUACGAUGCAAAAUAAUCCAAGCAUUGGUGCAAGAGGAUUUUGGUGCAAGAGGCCUCUGUUUGUAGAUCGCCAGUCAUGCGGCUGUGUGUUUCCGUUGUCGAUCUGUGCGUAAGCAUAAUAAGCUUUACGCGCUGACUGAUUUGGUAGCCUAUAAUAGUUAUAGGCUACCAAAGAACUAGUUACAGUUCCCGAUGAUUUAUACCGAUUUUUACCAGCGAUUCGUUUGUAUCUUUUGUAUCGUUAGUCAUGUGUUUUUUGGAUAUGAUUGCUGAAGAUAUUGAAAGCUCGUCCUACGCUUGACACCAAAACAUCAUGGUUUGCGUAUCUUUUAUGAAAGUAAACACCCAAUCGUUGUUUGAGAUUUUUUUUAAUUUACAUGCAGCCAUGGUCUCGUUGGGAUGCGCAUUCAUAGCUGACUUGUUUCAUAUCGUAGUUCCCAAAGUGUUGGUGAUAUGUGAUUUGACAGCGUGUUGAUUUUGUACUCGGAUAGGUGCCGAUACCCACCAGAAAUAUGUCGCAGGCUGUAUUAAUCUACAUACUUUGUUGACGUGCUAGUCAGCGAUGACACUGAAUACACACAUCAUACCGAAAA